AUGGCUGAGAUAGAAUUGAAGGAAGAAGAUAUUGAGUUAACAGGAAAGACCCUUUACAUGGUUGAGGGGCAAGUUGAAAUUGAACUCGGAAGAUUCAAAAAAAAUCCAGAAAAGCUUUUUGUUGUGAAAAAAAUUUAUCCAAUUGAUGAAGACUACGAUAAAAUGAAGCGAGAAGUUGUCUCGCUGUAUAAAUUAAAUCACCCUGCAAUUCCUAAAUUUUAUGGCUACUAUUGAUCUAGACGGAAUAAUUUAUAUUUGCUUUGUGUUUUAAUAGAAUACUUUCAUAAUGGUGAUCUAGCCAGAGAAAUCUUGAGAAGAAAGAACAAUACUUGAUCGGAAGAAGAAUUAUUACAUCAUUUUGGAUGUCUCUUAGAUGCAUUUGCAUAUAUGGAAUGCGCAGGUUUUGCACAUCGAGAUAUUAAGCCCCAAAAUAUUUUUAUUGGAAAUGAAGGCAGCUUCAAGGUCGGGGAUUUUGGGUGCUCUAUUCAAAGUUUAGAGCACCAACUUAGAGAACUUGCAACUAUUUCUGGGUCUCCUAUAUAUUUAAGUCCUCUUGUGCGAGAAGCAUGAAUUUCUUAUCAGGAAGGCAGUAACUGAGCAGGAAAGACUAAUCACAAUGUUUACAAAUCAGAUGUUUAUUCGCUUGGGCUAACUUUCCUUUAUAUGGCUACCUUAAAAGAGCCAAUAGAAUUAGUGAGUCUUAAAAAUCUUAAAGAAAAAAUUAAGGGAAAGCUAUAUCAGAUAAGAUAUAAUCGAAUCAUCCCUUUACUUGAGCUAAUGCUAAAAGUCAAUGAAGAUGAAAGACCUAAUUUCAUCCAGCUAAAGCAUUUUUAUAAUGAAAAUUUUAGAUUUCUGGACGUCAAUGUAUUCGCACAAGCGCGAUUUUUGGCAGAAAUGGUCAAUGAAAGAGUAUUUUCUCCUACAAAUUUCAAUCUUUUAUAUUUAAAAGGCACCAAAAUAACAUUUAAAAUCAAGACAAAGAACAUAAAAUUAUUAGCGAAUUUAUAUUCAAAAUGCAGCAACGAGAGACUGACCACAGUUGAAAAAGAAAUCCUCUUAGAUUUGAUAAAAAAUGAUGAGAUAUCAGAUAAUUUAUGCAAGAUAUGCAAUAAUAGAAUUUUUAUUGAUGACCACCCUUUAGUAAAAAGUAAAUGCCCUUGCAGAUAUUGAAUGCAUAAAGCUUGCUAUUAUGAAAGUUUGAAUACAAAUAAGGCAUUAACAUGCAAUAUUUGCAAUAACUCUUUAGUGCCAUUUAUAAAUCAAAUAUUCUGCCCGAACCAUGACUGUCCUGGAACCAUUCCAUUAAAAGCGAAAACAUUUAAAUGUAAUAUAUGCUUUGCAGAGUUUUGCAAGAUAUGCAAAAUAAACUUAAUUAAUCAUCAAAAUUCCUGCAUUAGUUCAUCCCUUAGCAGAAGGAGUUUAAGAUGUGGGAAAUGUGGCCAAGCUGUAAUAAGAGAAAGAGGGAGUUUUUACUACAAAUGCCAGAAUUGCGGAUAUUUGUGUAUAGUUUGCUUUAAAGGGAUAUAUGCAAGUCACAAGGAAUGCUGCAGCUAUUUUAUAUCUUUAAAUCAAUUUUAG